ACCCAUGGAGAAUCCCACGCCGGAGACAUUCGUGGAUGUGGACAAGGGGAUCUGCAUCGGCUUCCUCUCGCUCAUGUGCUUCUUCCUGAUGCUCAUGAUGGUGCGCUGUGCAAAGCUCAUCAUGGACCCCUACACUGCCAUCCCCACCUCGACUUGGGAGGAGGAGCAGCUUGAUUGAC